AAGGAGGUCAGGAGAGACAAAGGGUCAAUUUAAACAAAAACUGAGAAGAAGAAUCUACCCUGGCUACAGGCAAUCUUGGAAUUCAUGUGGUAUAUCCAACACUACUUAAUGCUAUGUAAUUUAGAGACUCCUUGGAUUCUCUCUCUCCUUCCCCUCUCUCUCUCUCUCUCUCUCUCUCUCUCUCUGAAGCAACUCUGGUUAAAAUCUGCAGCCAUGUUUCUUGUUCAGUACCAAACAGACAGAUAUCCUUCCUCCAUACCAAUUGAUUAAUCAAUACAUGCACCUGAACCUCACCAUAUCAUCUCCCAUAUGCACAAACUUGAACCUCAAAUCUAAUUGGUGCCUCAUUCUCUCCAACCCCUUCAACUCAGAAGCUGCAAUGGCUACCAACACACCCAAACCAGCAAAACAGCUUGGAGAACUUCUCCAGGUGCAACAAGAACCAUUUGUGCUAGAGGUUUAUCUUCAGGAAAGAGGGUAUCUGAAGAAAAGCUUAAAGUCAGGUGGUAGCUUUGUGUGCUGCCAGCCGAGUUCAGGCAAACAUUUUGAGAGGUCAGCUAGCAGUGGUCCAAAGAGGAGCAGAAAGAGUGUCCUACACUGUUCAAAGAUCCUGCGAGCUGUCUUUAACAAGCUUGUUUCUGCUAAUAAUCAGAACCAGAGGAAAAGGCACGCUAGUAAGGAAGACGGAAAUUUUAGUGCUGCUGAUCAGAGCCAAGUAGUAGUAGAAUCAGAUAGAUUUUCCUCUGCUAGCAGCACAACAGUGUUCAAUUCCUGCUUCGAGAGCGAUACGGAAGACGCCUAUUCUUCACUGCAAAAUGACCACAAUUCAGGUGCUGCAGACACUCUCAAAGCUUUGCAACUCGGCACUCAUCGAGAAAUUGAGAUACAGGCUGCCACAGAUAGAAAACGCAUAUGGAGAUUUGCAGAAGACAGUAAGCAACUCAGCCCUGUGUCAGUUCUAGAAGAAAUACCUUCCAGUGAAAGUUCCCCAGCUCAUAAAAAUUUGGAUGAAAUAGCAUUAGGAGAUGGCAGAACAGGGCAAGAAGUGAACCAAUCAACUUCUGAUGUCAUUUUCUCCAAGAAAGUACUCAGUGAAGAUUCAAUAUUCUCAGCUUCUCUCAGGGAAUUAUUUCUGUGCACACCAAUAAAGAAGCCAAGCUGUGGUGGGGUAGCAGAAUUGCAAGAGCUUGCUUGGUUUGAUCCUUCCUCUCAGCCCACAAAGUCCAGAAUGGUUUUGCUGCAAACCAGGCAGCUUCUGUUAGAUUGUGUAAGGGAGGUGGUGGAGUACCAUAAAGGCAAAGGGAGACAGCGGCAAGGGGCUCGAGACUUCCAGGGGCCAGAAGAGAUUGGGAAGCUCAUCUGUGCCAAAAUAAGGGCAUGGGGGAAACAAUCUGGAGAUGAAACAAACAUAACCCAAUUGCUGCAUUUGAAUUUUUCGGCCUCAGCUGAGGAGUGGAAUGAUUUCAAGCCACAGGCCAGGGAAAUUGGGAUGCACAUUGCAGAUGUCAUUUUAGAAGAGAUCAAGCAUGAGGUUGUUGUAGACCUGAUGUAUUUUUCCACCUCGAAAUCAAUGUCAAGAUGAUUUUUAAUAGAUUUAAUAAAUUAAACGGAAUACAAGUAUUAUAUUUGCUCUA